AUGGAAUGGUCGUGGGUUGAUCGGAUCAUGGCGGAGUGGCAACGAUCGUUAGGGGAGGGCGUCGACGACGAUGUUAUUGAAGAUGCAUCAAGGAGCCAAGGAAAGGAGCAGCAGCCCGCAGACAUAUCUGAUGGAAGGGGCCUCUCAUCUGUACAGCAGCCUGUGACACCUAUGGGGUCCUUCAGCUUGACCAAAACUUCUUUUUUGUCUCCCCAUCCCCCAUUCCUGCUAUACAUCAUGCCGGUGCAGGGAGUGCAGCUGCUGCCGUACGAACAGAGGGACAUGGAGGUGGCACGGCGGCUGUCCCUGGUGGAAGCCUCGGCCCCCCAGGACAUCAAGCGCCUAGUGGCCGUGCUCCCUACUAUUUUUGUCACCACCAUGCCUCCUUGCGCCCUCCCACGUCACACCCUACCAUUAUGCCCUACCCAUUCCUCCCCUCCCCCCGUACGCCCUGCCCCCUCCGAUUUCAAUUCAUUCCUCCCCUCCGCCUACUCCCGCCUGGAUCAUCAGGCCGCAACACUCCCCACAGGUGACGCCCUCUGGGUGGCCCAGACGCUCAUCCCCGACAUAAGUGCGCGGCCUCAUAGUGGACAUGGCUACGCCCAUCUUCUGCCCAUCGCUCCACUCCCACUCUUGUCCCUUUGCCACUUUCUAUCCCCCCAACACUCCCCCCCCCCCACCCUUUCAGCUAUGCGGCCUCACAAUGGACAUGGCUACUGCUAUCCACCACCACCCCUCCCUGCCUACCCCACAUGGCGCCUAUAUGUUUCUUGUGCAUCCGUCGCUCUCGUCCUUCUCAACUAA